AUGACGCAUCCACGGCCGAUUAAGAGGGAUUCUGCAAAGGCGCAACGCAUGCUUGGCUUGAUCGCAGAUUCUGAGGAAGCUCUAAGAAAUUUGCAACGCGAAAAAUCGGUAACAACACGAUGGUUGGAACGACCGAUGUACGAGCAUUUGGAGAUUUCCGAUGUCGAAGAAGAAAAAGACGAGUCUCGAGCGGUGAUACAAGAGCAGAAAACGGAGGCCGUCGUCGAAAAGGUAGUGAUUGAGGACAAACCAAUCGAGGAGAAGCCAAAGGAGGACAGCGACUCUGACCUGCUGGACAAAUGGACGAAUCCGAACCGCCCGGCUUCCUCUUUCAAUCCCGAAGAAACAUUGAGCAAGCUUCCGGAGACAGAACCAAGCACGAAAGUCAAUACAUCCCCGAUUAAGCGACGACCGCUACCGCUCACACGACCGACAUCAUACAACGCGCAACACCUGUUAUCGCCAGAAUGGAUUGCUUCGCCAGCCACCAUGAGCCCUAAUACACCAGGUCAAGGGCCUGCAUCAUCGUAUCUUGACAGUUCAGACAAGCCCAGGAGCAGCAUUUCUUCCCGCGGCAGUUGUGAAUGUGAGAGGCCACAAGUAAACCCUACGCAGUGGACAUAUCCGCCGAUGAACGAUGCAAACGGUCCACACACGCAACGACCCAUCUCAUAUCACCCUCAAAGCUCCACUGCACUCGACAGCCCGCCAAUGCAGCCGCGACCACGACCUACAUCCUUCGCGACCUACCACCAACGGAAUCGCUCCGGAACCAAGAUUGCGUCCUCGCGAGGACUACGGAACAACAGCUACCCACAAAACCGCUCGCGACCCGUGUCAGGGUGUGCGCCUAAAGCCAUCGCAGGGGAGAACAUUGAGAAUGACAUGGUUUAUCAGCAGUACGGGGAUGACGAAGUCGGUCCACCCACGCCUGUAACAUCCUCGAAACUUGCGUUUUCACCCCCACCCGUCUUCUCUGCUACGCCAGCAACACCAAUACACCCCACGUUGGAUGCCUUCGCGACAUCGGAAGAGAAGAACAAACCAGAGAAGAAGAUCAAGCACAGAUGGUCAACCAUACCGCAAGCGUUGAAGAACUUUGGCGCUAGGAGAAGAGACUCUUCAGCUCAACAUGAGCAGCAAAAGUUUGCAACGGUUGUCGAAGAUCUGCGGAGAAUGAACUUAACGCAGGAAAACCUGCAGGUCUACGAAGCCGAAGCCAACCAGGACCCAGCAGCAUCCAAACGUCUCUCGGCGGUCGACCUCAUCCCGACACCAACCUACUCGCCCUUUGACAUGAGCUAUCGAUGCAAUCCCAAGGACGACCCGUUUCGAUGCAAUCCCAAGGACGUCCUGUUUCGUGGCAAUCCCAAGCACGCCCCGUGUCGAUGCAAUCCCAACGUAGCAGUAUAG